GGGGACAAAUUUCAUUUAAGAAAAUUGGGUAAAAAAAAGUGUUACAAAACCAUGAGCUGGUCAAACAAGUCAAGAGAACAAAUUAUCCUCAUUAGAUGUGUUUCUUGCAGCAGUGAACAUAAUCUCAUAUGAUUAAAUCUCUUGUCAGAAUUUGUAAAUGUAAUCACAAUAAAUAUAAGGGCAUAAUAGAGCUUUUCUUCUUCAAUCUCUCUCACUUCCAUUGAUUUUAAGAAAAGAAAAAUGUUAACUUCAUCCAUGAAUCAUCCAAAAACACUUCAUUUUUUCAGGAUUAUUCUUUCUCAAACUCAAAAGCUUCCCUUGCCGAAAAGGUUCGUUAGUUUAUACGGAGACGAUCUAUCGAAUACCGUAAUCGUUAAAGCUCCGACGGGGCCAGAAUGGAAAGUAGAGUUGAUGAAAUGUGAUGGUGAGAUUUGGUUAGCUAAUGGUUGGAAAGACUUCGCGGAUUAUUUCUCUUUGAAGUAUGGGAACCUAUUGAUCUUUAGAUACGAAGGUCAUUCGCGGUUUUACGUGUUCAUGAUAUUUGAUCAGACUACACUGGAAAUCGAAUACCCGAACGGUAUCGAUAACCAUGAGGUGGAGCUCCAAAUACCGGACGUGGAAGAAGUCGGGAGUGAGGAUGUGGUUGAAAUAGUCAACAACGUAUCGCGAUCCCGGAAAACAACGGAGAAAACGCGUUCUUCGCCUCGUAAGAGAACAAGAAUGCAGGGCGCUACGAAUGCGAAAAAAUCGGAGUUUCGAAUGUCAAGCAGAGAUGGAAGUAAAAUCGGUCCGGAACAAGCUGGUGGAGGCACGUCUGCUGCCCAGAGAUUAUCGGCAUCGUCAGCUAACCAUUUUGGAUCGGAAAAGCCAUUCUUUGUAGUUAAUAUACAGCCAUCGUACAUUACCGCAUUUCGUGCUAAUGUUCCAUUUACGUUCGCGAGAACUUAUUUCACUUGGAAGGAAGCCGAUGUUGUCCUUAAAGAUCGAGACGGGAGAACUUGGCCUAUUCAUCUCAAAGUUUACAAUAAAUAUCAUUGCACAAGCUUUGGCCGUGGUUGGAAGGCAUUUGCAAUCGACAAUGAUUUACGAGUAGGCGACUCUUGUGCCUUUGAACUGCUAGAGGGACCCGAAAUAUCAUUUAGGGUUACUGUUUUCCGGAACCCCGAAGAUUCAAAUGAUCGCCAUACUAGCAGUACGUACAAUACCUACAAGCAUCACUAAGUUAAAGAUUUGUAUGAUUUAGUGACAUCUAUGUAUGUUUUUACGAUGGCUGAUCCGCGGGUCAGCUCGUGGGAGUAAAAUAGGUCAUGGUCGGCACAAGAGGGAAUUGAAUGCUCGGAUUCAGAUUGAAUAUGAUCAUUCUAGUGAAAAUGAAACGAUUAGAUAUUCAAAGAGGAACAAAGAAUCUCAUGUUCCGAGAAGAAAAAUUAAGAACGGAGAUGGAAAGUUCGAUGAGGCGAUGCAGAAUAAGACUUCAGCCCGGCGAGCUAUUCAAAGGCUUCCAAGCAAAGGAACUGCCAUUGCUAGAGCUCUUGAAAGAGUAAGCAAACUCAGGUCGGCUCAUCCGUUGUUCAAAGUCAUUAUCACAACAAAUUUUCUGCAGAGAGGGUUUCCGAGCAUCCCAGAAAGCUUUUGCGACGAACACAUGGAGCAAAUUCCGGAAGAUGUGACCCUUAAAUAUAAGCAUAAAUCAUGGCGUGUAAGGAUGAUUAUUUGCUCAGACAGAGCAGGCCGAUUUAGCAUCGGCUGGCGGGCAUUUGUACAGCGAAAUAAGCUCAAAGUUGGAGACGUUUGUGUGUUUAAGAUGAUCAAGAAAACAAAUAUUGUUUUCGAAGUCUCCAUUUUCAGAGAUGGUUUAACUCUUGGUUGAACAUCUGCUAAGAUUCACCAUGAAUAUGUGACUCGUUUUGUGACUCAGUAAUGUAUGUUAGUUUUGUUUGUAUAAAAAUUUGUAUGACGCAGUAGAUGUCUCAAA